CAGCGUGCGGUCAGCUCUCAGUACUGACGCGCUGCUGCUGCAGGUGGACCAGGCGCGCUGAUCUCCAGGCUUCAUUCUCACUACAUUUGCCACUUGUUGCCUAAAGAAAGCGGGCGCUCCGGCAUUUAUGACUGAGCCGCUUUACGCAUUUAUUCCUGAGCAUGUUCGUGUUGCGCCUGAAAGAAGACUCGUGAUUGGGCUGUUUCGGCAACAUGGUUGAUAACUCACGUGUAACUGCUAAGUCUGUGUUGCAAAGCUGUUUCUCCUCUGGCAGCAGCCUUCCACGCCAAACACCCCACAGCCCGUAUCCCGGCGCACAGUCUCACCAGCUCGGCAGCGGCGGCAUGAAACUCGAGGCUGUCAUGGAAAACCUGCAGCGCCAGCAGGCAGCGCGCCUCGCCCUGGAGGAGAAGCUCCGGCAGGCGGAGAAAGAGAAGGAGCUCCGCUGUAUGGUGGAGUCCCAGAUCCACCAACAAGCUCUGGCUUUCCGCCACUAUCAGCUGGCGAUGCCAGGCGCCCUCUCCGCCGGAGCUGAAAGCUCACCCCCAGGAGUGACCCCUCCUCACAUGGAAGUCCGUAUAUGCGCCGAAGACGGGAACUCCAACCCCGGUAUCUGCGUUAAAGACCGGGACGGGGAGGGAGAUGACACGGAAGAGCAGGAUCUCAUGGACCAAGACGAGGUCGGGGACGAUGUUGGGUUAAACCAGUCCUCUCUGCAGGAAGCGUGCGUGUCUCAGCAUCUCAGAGUCUUCGCUCCCCACGGUCACGCAGACUCUCCAUCGUUGCACGCCGCGUCGCAGAACCACGAGUGGACCUAUGAGGAGCAGUUCAAACAGGUAAGGCAGCACUGACCCACUGAACGCAUCGCUCUGCCUCUGUGGAGCUUUCAUUUCACGUUUUCAUUUAUUGAAACGAACACACGUUUGGUUUUGUAUGGAAAUAGAAGACUUUAAUGCGUGUGUGUGUGUGUGUGUGUGUGUGUGUGUGUGUGUGUGUGUGUGUGUGUGUGUGUGUGUGUGUGUGGUUGUUUGGGCUCAGAACAUGUUCCACUCUGUAGUGUGCUGCUGCUGUAUUGCACGACAGAGCUUCAAACUUCACAGUUUACGCUGUAAAAGCUCCUACAGAGCACACGUACCUGCUGAGGUGUUUUACACACAGUUUGUUCUGAACCACGGCUGGAAGUAACCCACAGUUUUGGAUGGUCACAGGAUUUAUUACGUUUACAUUUAGUGACUUUGAAAAUAUUAAUAUUAUAUAAUAUGAAUAAUAUCCAACCAUUAAGCUUGUCAGAGAAAAGGCUGCAUCAGCAUAAUGUCUGAACAACAUAACUGAUGGGUUUGUAACCACAGUGAUUCUAAGUCCUCAGAUUUUGUUAAAUGAGUUGAUUCUGCAGAAUUUUUGAAAAUAAUUUUUUAGUAAGGAACUAACAAAUCAGGUCUUGUUAGAUGGAAGACAUCAGAGUGUGUUUACGCUUCGUUAGCAGUUACAGGUGAGUCGUUAUGUUUCCCAGUUGCUUCAGUCACAUCUAUACUCUCCCAGUCAUGGACCGAUUGAUUGUGGAUGUUUCAGGUCAUCUUUUGCUUACGAUGGAUCAUCCACAGCUUUGCCUAAAUAUGACGCGUACAUUAGUGACUGCAUUAUGCUUCACAUUAAAGGACGAGAAACCAGAGCGUCUGUAUGAAGACAGCUGUGUGUGGAGGACGGUGACCUGACACUCAUUAUUCAGUUUUUUCUUUUCUAGGAUUUGUUUAUGUGACUACAGAUUUUAUUUUAAUAUCACAGAAUAAUAAUAUUGAUGUUUCAGAUCACGUAUAGAGUAAAUCUUCAAUCAGGUCAUUUAAGAAGCACAUUCAUUUGUUAUGAAGUAAUUCUUUGUUUUCUGUAAAUUCAUGCACGUGUGGCCACAGCCCGCGUGUUCCAUGUGUAUGUUGUUUCGUUAUUGUGGAGGUUAUUCGUGUGUAAUCUUUCAGUUAUGGGACAAUCAACCGAUGGUUGUGUCUGCUGAGCAGAGUGGAGCCGACAUAUUCAGUGUGCUCAAAGCCGCAAAUCAGAACCACAGGCGGUAAAUGAGUCUUUGAAAAUAGGAACGAGAUGUGGGAUGAAUAUAACGGCUCGCUGAGGAGAGAAAGGUCAACGUCACUUAUAUUUGUACUGUUUUACUUUGAAUAGUGUUUAGCACAAACGAUGCUGACGGGCAGCUGUUCAAGCUUAUUUUAACUCUUAAUUACACAACAGCAGACGACAUGAAGCAGAUUCUAUAGAGAUGAGUCAGAAAAAUAAAAGAAAUUCCUGAGAUACAAGAAGUUGCUGAGCAGUGCUGAAAUAAAAAGAUGUGAGGCAGAAAGAAAGAGAUGUCGCACAAAGUUUAGGCAGAAACUCAGACGUGCCAGAAGCUGCACUGUGGAGUUUUCCCGUCUGGCGCCCACACAAGAGUUCUGGGAUUUCCCCGUCUGGAAGUCGAGUCACUGCCACACUAUUACACAACAGAAAUCCCACCACACUCUGGGCUUUCUCUUCUAAAUGCUCUCACAGUCUUAAACACUGUGCGGCCUCAGAAUCAGUCUCAGUUGAAAAAAAUGUGAGACAUGAUGUUUUUGCCUGGUGAUCCUGUCAUAAUCCUAAAACUUGUGUUGUUUGCAACAACUACAUUUGUAUAUGUGCUAAUAUAAACACAUUUUUAAUAACACAGCAGAGCCGUGCUGUGUUACUGCACUGAAGUCAGUCAUGAACCGUCACAGUUCUGCACGCUGACACAAACAGAACAAAACAUUUCUUCCUUUGGCUACAACCAGGUGAUGUCAGGUCACGUGCUCGGAGGUGGAACGUGAUGGAGCACAGCUCUGGAGGAGUGUACGAUUAUCGUGCAAAAGCAUCAGCACAGACACACAAAUCUAGUCAAGAAGCGAGAAUGCUGUUAAAGCCGAGUGCGUGCUGAUCGCAGCCGAGCAGGUAACAGCAGCCGCGACGAGCAGUCGGACUCUGCGUGUGUCGUAAACUGUGAGAGGAAGAGCCGCUCAUCAGUCAAGUGUUGCUGUGCAGCUGUAGCCUGAUGUUAACCAGUGAUUAUGUCACAGGGCAUUUUCACAUCACUUUACAGAGUAGAUCAAAGUACUCUAACAACCAUCUCUGUCACGUAUACAACUCACUGCAUCCAUUCUGACAUAUUAUGUUUCCAGACAUUUGACUCUAUGAGACAGUGGACAGGAACGUGUGCAGUGUGACAGUGGGACAGUGAAGAGUGGGCGUAACCACUGUGGCUCAAAAGGCUGCAUUAUUUCAAUAAAAUAACAAGCAAAGUGUAAUCAUUACUUUUUGUAUUACACAUGCAGAAACAUCAAUAAAUUACUUUUUUGUAUGUGUAAUGCAAAAAUUGUUUAUUUUUUUAAAAAUAUUUGAAUUAUUUGGUUUCAAAUAGACGCUUCACAGCAUGUCGCACACAGAGAUGUUAAAGACACUCCUUUUGUUCUGAAAAAGGAACUUCUGAUGAUGACUGAACCAGCAGAGCACAUCUUCCUGUAGUUUCUUUCAAUCUCCAUCUAGUGCUGAGGGGCGCGAAAACCUAAAGACCUGAAGAAGAAACACGUACGCAGCGCACUCGAAAACCAAAACUUCACAGGAUGCUGCAGGAUGCACCGUGAGAUAAGAACCGUAUUUCCCAGUUUACUUGGAUCUGGAGUUUUGUGCCACGUGCACCAGCGGAGGACAGAAAGCUUGUGUGGAAGUUUCUCGGUGCAUCUCUGGAAUCUCUGCAUUUUUAAAAAUCUUUGUGUGUUUAUUUGUGUAUUCAUCAUAAUAUCUAAUGCGUUUGUCGCAGAUUUUUAAAAGUCAUUUGUUUACUGUUCGGGACUUGUUUUAAUAUCUGAUUUAAUAAACUGAUCAUUGAUUUUUUCACAGGAAACGAUAAAAUGCAACACAAUCUUUUCUCCUUUCUUUUAAUACUCGAAUGCUCAAAAUCUUUACAUGUACAAAAAGCAUUAAUUCAAUUAAGAAUAACAAGUGAAUAAUGACUAUGUAUUAGUUUAUGCUUGGAGAGCUCCUCCUCAGGUUCUUGGUUAAAAAUAAAUAAAUAAAUAAACAGCUGCAGGAUAGUGGUUGUGGAACGAGCUCCGUCUGUAGUAUCAUUUCAAUCCCCUCUUCCUGGCAUUUAAAUCUGUCAGGGCUCUGUGUGCAGACUCUGAGACUGAAUUGAAACUGAGAACCUUUAUUGCUGGUGAUAAACGAAAACAUGAACUGAACAAUGACACUGAGAACUGAACACACAGGUAUAAUUCUGAGGGUACGACGUGACACUGAGCACAGGGAAACACAGGGCUUAAAUACACAGGGUAGUAAUGAGGGAAUGGGCAACAGAAGGGAGACACAGCUGGGAGAGAUCAGGGCUAACGAGACAGGGGGAACCAAGCUGCACACACUAACAUAAGACAAAGACUUUCACAAUAAAACAGGAAACAUGAAUUAAUAAACAAGAACGCAGACUCGACACUGAGAGACAAAAUAACAUGGAAUACAUACAUGGAACUCAAACAAUACAUGAAGCAGAAUAAAACCAAAAUAUAAUAAACUCAAAAUACUGGGUCCAACAGACCCAGAACCGUGACAAAAUCAACCAUAAAACUGUCCAUCUUCUGAUCAUUUGUUAAUGUGAAACCUUUAAGUCACAAUUCAUAACAACAGCAAAGGUGAAAAAACAAAUAUUCCUUCUUUACAAUGACGACAUGAUUUUUGAAAAGAACUAACUGAAUAUAUCCUUUCUGUUUACAAUUACUGUAUUUUGUUUCUCACCUUAUUUUUCCAGUUUUUUCACUUAUAUGAAUACAAAUAACAGCCUUUUAGUAUUUAACAUCAUAUUUAGCACAUUUUUAGUAUACACAACACACAUACGUCAGGGUUUUGAGCUUUUUGUGAGUUGAGGAGUUAUUUUGGUUUGAAGAAGGGAUUUAUGUCUAUUUUCGUGGUCUGAUUAUUUGUUCCUUUGUGCUUUUAGUUGUCCUGUCUUGUACUUGGCCUUUGUUUUGUUGGUUCCCUUUGGUGACGCCUCCUGUAUCGCUCUGCUCUCUCUUUGCUCGCUGUGGUUGUCUGAUCUCCCCGUUUAGUUGAGCCAGCUCAGUCAUGUCCCCAUGUUGCUGACCUUUUUGUCUGUGUCUAGUUUGCAUGUCUGUGUCUCUGCCUGUGUUAUGUUUCCUGUUUUAUUUUGAAGGUCCUUUGACAUGUUCAGUUUUGCUUCCUUUUUCUCGAUAGACUCUGUUCAGCUGUGUUUUCCCAGUUUUACCUUAUUUUGAGGUGUUCGAUCUAUAUUUAAGUUCAUUUCUACUAAACCUAAGUUGCCGUUAGAGUUCAGUGUUCUUUAGAUUCCCCUUGUGUUUUCUACCCGUGUUCAAGUUUCCCUCCCCUUUGUGUGUUUCAUGUCUGCAUGUCUUAUGAUAUCAAGUUCAUGUUUUC